AUGUCUUCUGACCUGCCGACCUUCGAUCUAUAUACCUACUUCAGAUCUUCUUGCUCUGCACGAUUGCGUAUCGCGCUCAAUUUGUGGGGUAUACCCUAUAACCCCAUAUUUGUCCACUUGCUCAAGAAUGAGCAAUUCUCCGAGCAUCAUAAGGCACUCAAUCCAUCUUUGAGUGUGCCUGUCUUGGUCGCUCACCGCGCAUCAGAAGAUGAUAUAGUCAUUCCACAGUCGAUAGCUGCAUUGGAAUAUCUCGAGGAGACGAUCCGAUCAACAAAUCCCCAAAACCGAACAUUGCUCCCAAAUGAUCCCCGGUUGCGCUCCAUUACUCGGAGUCUAGUCUCGAUUAUUGCGUCCGAUGUACAACCCCUCACCAACUUGCGAAGUCAAAGAUGGAUCAAGGAGCUUGAAGCCGAUCCGAUUCCAUAUUGUCGCAAGGCAACAGAAGCUGGAUUCGCUGCAUAUGAAGCAUUAGCUUCCAAGGUAGCGGGAACGUUCAGUGUUGGGGACGAGGUAACGUUAGCGGACGUGUGUCUCGUCCCUGCCACAUGGAGCGCAGCGCGGUUUGGCGUUGAUAUUCAGAACUAUCCCACCAUCGCACGAGUUGUUGCCAGGAUGGAAGAAGAGGAUGCAGUCAAGAAAGCUCAUUGGAGAAACCAACCCGACACUCCGGAGGAGUUUAGUAGGAGCGAAUUGUUAAUAGCACUUGAUAGAGAAUCCCUACAUUUGCACCAAAAGUCGGACCAAGCUAUACCGAUGUCGGAAUUUGUUGAAAAUACGGUGUUGGGAAUGGCGGCUGGGUCAUUGGAAUGUUGGGUUUCCAGGUUCCGAUCGGAAUAUGCCUCUGUGCCAUGGAUGGAAUAG